AUGCUAGAAGAAUGUAUAGGAAGAACCAGCAGUAAGAAGAUGUACAUUAAUUUCAUCCUUAGAUUCACUGUCUUAAGUUGGAGCUGGAUGUGGAAGGUUUCAGAGAUGAGUCAUUUGUCAUGGUUAGAGACAGAGGCAAGGAUGGAAGUUUUGUCAAAAUCAAAUGUAUGGUUUAGGGAGAGAGAAUGUUCGGAUAACUUGGAGGCAGUAAAAUUACAAGAGGAUACAGACUAUCUAUGUUGGGUGAUGCGGUCCUUUAGAAGAUUUUUCACCAAUAUAGGAUGGAAAACAAUUAGCGGUAGAACAUGGGAUACGGUAAACGAUAUGAGAGUGGUGUGAAAGAGGAACAGGAUCUUUUAGGGAAGUGUAUAAAUUGGAAAGCGUGUUGUGAAAUUCAAUUCAAAAUAAUAUUUUUCAUAAUGUGCUUAAUCUACACCUCUAAUCAUAUGUUUCUGGCCUCAACAGCUUCCUUAAUUUGUCUUUUGGCACAAUUUACAGGCUAAUAGCACAAAUAAGUUCUGAUAUUAA